AUGGAGGCGCUUCUAACACCAGCCUUUUCAACCUUUUCUCUCCCAAUGUGCCCACCUCUUGAGAGAGUUCCAGAGAGUAAUCUUCAUGGUAUCCAUAGAAAAUGGAAUGUCAAGCAAAGCCACCAACUUUCAGCAUUAUCCAAUGAGAAGCUUCCCAAUGAUAAUUUUAUAUUAGAGAAUGAGCUUUCACCAAAACAUGAGGAUCAUUAUGUAAGACUUCUGCAGAAAUUGAAAGCAUUCUAUCAAUUUUGCCGGCCUUACACUAUCAUAGCAAAUAUUGUGGGAAUAUCAUCAGUUUCUCUUCUGCCAAUAGAAUCAAUUGCUGAUCUUACUCCAACAUUCUUUAUGGGAUAUUUGAAGGUAUUGGUGGUUUCAACAUUAAAUCUCAUUUAUAUAAAUGGAGUGAAUCAGCUAUUUGAUAUUGAAAUUGACAAGGUUAAUAAGCCAUAUCUUCCUUUAGCUUCUGAAGAGUUCUCAACUAGAGAUGCUGUGGCCAUCUCUUUGUUAGCUACCACACUGAGUAUUGGACUGGGAUUAUUGUUUAAAUCUCCACCACUUCUUUGGUCUGCAGUUAUUAGCUGUCUUGGGGGCUUUUCAGCAGGAAACAAAGUUAAUGAUGUAGAUAAAGAUAAAAUAAUGUCAUAUUUGAAUUUAGCGUGUUAUUGA